AUGACACAUAGAGAUGGGUCCAUAGACACCAUAACACGUGUGUCCACGCGCGCAGGGCGCCUCAUCUUCGACAACCUGAAGAAGUCCAUCGCCUACACCCUGACCAAGAACAUCCCCGAGCUGACGCCCUACCUGGUCUACAUCACGGCCAGCGUCCCCCUGCCCCUGGGCUGCAUCACCAUCCUCUUCAUCGAGCUCUGCACCGACAUCACUCCAGGGCCUCCCCUCGGACUCCUGAUCCCCCUGAUCCCAUUGGAGACUCUGGAACAUCUCCUGGGACUCCUGAUCCCCCCCAGCCCGGACUCCUGGGCCCCUCCCGGACGCCUGGGCCCUCCCGGACGCCGGGGCCCCUGCGGACGCGCCAUCCAGUCGUUCGCCGGCUUCGUCGACUACUUCGUGGCGCUGGCCCAGGAGGGCUGGUGGCCGGCGCUGGUUCUGGGGCUGCGGCCGCGCUGGGAGGACACCCACGAGCAGGAGCUGCAGGACAGCUACGGGCAGCAGUGGACCUUCGCGCAGCGGCUCCGGCAGCAGUACACCUGCUACACCUGCUUCUUCAUCAGCAUCGAGAUGUGCCAGAUCGCCGACGUGCUCAUCCGCAAGACCCGGCGCCUGUCCCUGCUGCAGCAGGGGCUGCUGCGGAACCACAUCCUGGUGAUCGCCAUCGUCUUCCAGGUCUCCAUCGGCUGCUUCCUCUGCUACUGCCCCGGGAUGCCCUAUAUCUUCAACUUC